AUGAGAGCAUCGAUGAUGCAAUCAGCUUCCAUAUUCGCGGUGGUUGCCACCGCCGCCUUCCAUAUCGUUCGUGCCUCUGGCUUGCGGGUGCCCGUGGUCGAGGCUUUCCACGUUGAGGCUGGCAUGGAGCACCUGAGCGACAUGCUGGCCGACAUCGGGACCAUCGACGAUUCGAGCGAUGGCGGCGAGGUGGCUCCACGGACACCAGUUCAUGUGGCAGCCCAGCAGGUUCCAUCGCCGCCAGGGCCGAUUGAGCAGCAGGUUCCUUUGUCGCCAGGGUCAGUUGAGCAGCAGGUUCCAUCGUCGCGAGGGCCAGUUGAGCAGCCAGUUCUACCAGGGCCAGUUGAGCAGCAGGUUCCAUUGCGUCCAGGGCCAGUUGAGCAGCAGGUUCCGCCAGGGCCAGUUGAGCUGUGCGACGUGCUAGCGCUCGGGGUCAUCGAGAUCGACGACUCGCCUCCAGAGAAGUCGAAGCACUCGCAGCGGUCUCAUGCUCACGCAGCGCAGGCUCGGGAGGGCAAGGCCAAAAAACACGCGCAGAAGCUGAGGGGCCAGCUGGCGAAGCAGAAAGCGGAACACGAUAUGAAGCUCAAGAGCGUGGCGUUGGUUCCGGGUGUAUCACAGCUCAUUGGGAACAAGUCGUCGACGACGCUCGGGAAGCUCAAGCGACACUUGACCAGCGACGACUUCGUGAUUGCAUCGAGGGCGUGCUUUUUACCUUCCAAGAAGCAGUGCGCCAUUGGAGUGGACCAUCGUCGCUUGAUGAAGGCUGCUUGCGACAUCGCGGUCACCAGACAACUGCAAGGUUUCAGGGACAGUCUCAAGAGAAGCCGUGAUUCUAUUACAGAUGCCGAUACUCGCGAUCACCGUUUCGUACACCUGGGUUUCGGACAUCUAUGGGAUGAAGUUGAAGUGCGACAAGCAUGGAAGCCUGGGAAGCGCUACCGCGUCAUGAGAAAGAACGUGGCGCAGCCAACGCUCAUCCAGAGAUCGACGGCGCAGUUCACGCUCCUCAACAGAAAGUCGGACAUCCAAGGCCACUUCAUCGAGUACAUGAUCGCAAAGCCGUUCGAGCUGCAAGGCCAGAAGGCGAAGCACAUUUACCCUGGGCUGUUGAAGGCCAUUCCAGACGAGCUCAACAUCGUGAAGUGGUCGGAGGGCAGCGCACCAGCUUCGUCUGCUGUAUCUACGUUCACGUUCCAGCCCAUGGCAGACAGAGCCAGCGCCAACCUCAGCAUCCUCAAAAUGCGGGGUCAGUGUGCUGAGGACAUCCUGAAGGCCGUCAAGAAGCAUACGAUGAGACAUUUCUCCAUCGCCAGUGCCAACAGGUACCGCACCCAGCUCGAGCGGAACAUCAUGGGAGUUGAGCUCUUGGUCGAGAGCAACGUCGAUUGCAUCAUGCAGCCGCCCCCUGAGGAUGUCGAGUACACGUUCCAGCUCGUGGUUGAUGUUCUGUUUGACUUGUCGGCUGACUUUCACCUGCGGAAGGGCGGCGCAGAUGACUCCCAGUUCAUCAAGGACCUGAAAGCGUUGAUGCCUUUGCUGAAUGGCGACAUGCGUGGCGAGAGGAUCAAGCACUACUGCCGUCAUCCUCAGACUGGUCGCCCGUGUUGCAACGGCAAGUCCGACACGAUCGACAAACUGUGCACAGGACUGGUUCAUGCUUUAUUCGGGUCGUCGGACCCUCGGCCUUGUGAAAGUCGCUGGACAAAUGUGUUGAUGAAUAUGAAGAGGACUCUCUUGCGGCGUUUGGUCUACAAGAUAGGGAUCGACAGCUUCGUCGGACAUCCAGACGCUCGGGGUGUUGUUGAUGCUGACGAAGAGGAGGUGCCCCUACUCCGAGAAGUUGAUGGCAUGUCAGAUGCGGAUUACUGGAAGCAUGUGUUCAAUGUGAGGGCGAAGAAGAUCAAGGCCUACUACGGUGAUGAGCGAAAUUUCUGGGAACUCAUGGUGUUCGUGGGGAUAUUUGAAGCGUGCGAUUCUACGCUAUUGUACCCCCUGCUCGGCGAUCCGAUUGUCAACAGCAAGAGGGACGACCAGCGGUCGAAGAUGGAUAUUCUACUGGACAAGGGCGACACCGCCAUAGGCAAGUUCAGCCAGAAGAUGCUCGAUUUGGCAGACUCGUGGAUGGGCCUGCCCACGCGGAAGCCCUGGUGCCUUCUCGACAUGCUGGGGGCGCCUUUGACAGAUCAGACUUUCUCGCGGUUUGCACGUUCUCAGCUUCUCAAACUCAACAGCGUGAUGCUCAGGAGGUACGAAUCCAGGUUCUCGGCUUACCCUUAUCGCUUGUACCCGUUGGCCAGCAGCACGGCGUCGCUCGAGGAAGCGCAGAGGAUUGCUCACGAUGCCAUCAACGCGCCGUGGCACAUGAAGGACUCCUACACCAAGGGCAUCACCAGCCAUUUCAACACCGUGGGGAAGAUGCUCUCCAGCGAAUGCAUCGCAGUGCUCUUUGCAGAUUUCCGCCAGCAUGCGUACGGGACCGACUUCAUCGAGCGACUCAACAGCGAGUACACGGCGAAGAUCCCAGAUGAGGCGCCUCGCAAGGGGCUCAGCGCGUACAUGCUCGAGAAGAACAAGUACAUGAAGGCGAUCAAAGCCGUGGUAGGGCGCAGGCUCACCAGGGACGAGACCACCAGUCAUGCGGAGACGUUCAAGCAUAUGGUCGCCGACUGCAACCAGGAUGCUCUCAAGGAUGCGUACGACCUUUGGAGACAAAGCCCCAGCGAGAACAAGGCCCUGGAAGUGCCGACCUACAGACCUAUCUGGGGUGGUGGAUGCAACGCGCUGCCCAUCACGGGUGAUGAGUUCUGCAAUUACAUCACCGCUAACGGCUGGCCGUCCUACCAGGAGGUGUUCGACGAUUCGCUUGAGGAAAGGAUGGCCCAGGUCGACGAGUCUAUCGAUUUCGAGCUCUUCAAGAACGUCGACCUGUGGGGAGUCCCAAGGGGGGCCAGGAAUGUCGACCGCGCGGCUUCGAGGGCACCCCACGCGUUCGAGUUCGUGGAGAAGGGGAUCAUGAGCUACAUGACGUACAUCGGCACGCAGAAGGCGGAGGAGGGCGACACCAUGCUCAUGGUCGAAGGCCCUGGCGUUCGUGGUGGUCGUUGGAGGUGUGCCGUCAUUGUGAGCGACAUCACGUGGAACCCAAGAGUUUUCGACAUCACCUGGAACAACUGGGUCAUCGAGAGCAACGAGAGGUCCGAGGACGUGGGCUCGAGCGAACGCACGGCCCCCGUAAAGGACUUGGUGCUGCCUUGCUGGGUGAGGAUCGCCGAUCGCAGCAACAAGGUGUCGGAGCGCUUCAAGGCUAUCGAUUCCAUGACGUCGGACGUGUGGAUCGACAAGCUAGUGACUGAGCUCGAGAGCAUGACGGUCUACGAGGCAGAGUACGAGAUCGACCAUGCGUGGGGCAGUCUGCGCUUAUCCAAGAUUGUUGGCCUCAAGAGGUUGGGCAUUCUCUGGGAGCCAUCGAUGACGAAACCUUUGAGCUUCGCAGCAGCCACGGUCGACGCCGACAAGGUGGUCAAGGACACCAUCAUCGCUUCCGACCCCUUCAGCGAGGGCGCGCUCGUGGCCCGAGGCAGGGGCAGGGAGAGUGGCAUCGCAGCAGUUGGCGCCAUUGCCGAUGCCGAUGACCCCAGCGCCGCUCCACCAGAGGUGCGCGCAGACGGCGUGCCUGACGAUGAUGGUCGCGAGCCUGCAGGUGGAGGUCACGAGGUGGAGCGCGAGAUGGAUCUUGCAGAUGACUUGGAGUCCGUGACGUCCGUGGAGGAGAUGGAGGAUGCGUUCUCCGAGAUGCCAGCCCAGUUGGAGGCGCCAGUCAUGCCGCCGCCAGCCGAUGACUAUCGAGAAGUCAAGCAGCCAGAGCCUGACGACGAGGGCGACGCCGACUUCAUCGGGAUGGCUGCUGAGCACGUGAGCGAGGCGGCUGCUGAGCCCGACGCUGCUGCUCCUCCGAAGCUCGACGGCGGCGAAGGCGAGACACCACCUCACGACGACGCGGACGCGUCGGAGUCGAAGCCGUGGCAGGAGUUCUCGCCGAAGACGCCACAGGACUACUACUACCUCGGCGGCCGCCAGGUGUGCCGCAUCCAGCGCGGCAAGCCGAAGAACUCUAUCACGAUCACGUGCUACUUCCACAGCGGUUGCUCGCUGUGCGUGACUGAGCGCCUCGGCCCGAAGACAGACGAGGAGGUGUUCAGGUGGCUGUACAGCGUGCCUGAGACGCCCGCGGGCGCAGACGCGGCCAAGCGCAAGGAGCUGUCUGCUGCGCAUCGGGCCCUGGGCAAGGGCCAGUGGGCGGCGAAGCGCCCCGCCAG